UAAAUACACACUCAAAUCGACCAUACCUCCUCGCCACACUCAUAAUCACAUUGGUCGGCCGCUUUCUUUCUGUCGCCUUCCACAAAUAUAUAAAACACAUCAUAAAAAUGAUGCAGUAUCAAGAACUCGCUCUUCAAAGAAGCUUCAGCUUCAACUCAAGCAAGAUCAAUCCGGCCAACUCUCCGGCUCAUGGCCUACACGCCCGUUCACCUUCCUCUACCACUUUGAUCCCAACCAUCCCUCACCACGAACUCUUCCUCGUACCCUGCCGCAAUUGCUCCUCCUCAUCCUCCUCCCACCGACCAGUCUCCUCUUCCUCCUCUAACAAAACCGUGAAAGUCACCGUGAAGCUUCCAUCCUUCUUACGUUCCCUCAUGAACCUCAUUAACCUCCCCACAUGCAACGUCCUCUCGCUUCCUUCUCCUCCAUCUUCUUCCUCCAGCGUCUCUAACCAGCUGAUCUCGCUCGUCAGGGGUGGAUCCUCUUCCCUCGGGAGAAGAGUCACCGGAACGUUGUACGGACACAGGAGAGGCCAUGUCACGUUCUCUGUCCAGUACGGUCCGAGAUCAGACCCGGUGCUGCUCUUGGACCUAGCCAUGUCAACGGCAACUCUAGUCAAAGAGAUGGCGUCAGGGCUCGUCAGGAUCGCGUUGGAGUGCGAGAAACGUCACCGUUCCGGGACCAAGCUUUUCCAGGAGCCUAAGUGGACAAUGUAUUGCAACGGGAGGAAGUGCGGUGCGGCCGUGUCGCGUGGAGGCGCGUGUACCGAGUCGGAUUGGCGCGUGUUGAACACGGUGUCUAGGGUUACGGUUGGAGCUGGAGUUAUUCCGACGGCGAAGAGUAUUGAUGACGUGUCCGGUGAUGGUGGUUUCGGUGGUGGAACGGAGCUUGGGGAGUUGUUGUAUAUGAGAGGUAGAUUCGAACGAGUCGUGGGGAGUCGUGACUCGGAGGCUUUCUACAUGAUGAACCCUGACAAAAACGGAGGUCCAGAACUCAGUAUUUUUCUUCUUAGAAUAUGAAUAUGUCUUUAUUGACGUAUUAUUUUAUAUUUUGGAUCAAUUAUUGCUGUGUCGUGAAAUAUAUGUAAACGAUAGUGAGAAGGCCUAGCUAGGAGGUACGUACGCUAGGUUUUUUCAAAUUGUUUAUUAUGUGGUGUUUUGGUGGUUGUUUUGGCAACAAGUUUUGUAUUUUUGUUACGUGUAAUAAUAAGUACGUGGUUGAUU